AUGUGUGAAGAAGAAUGGCGAACAACGACGCCGGACUCAAUCGAGGCGCUAGCUCUGGUUCCUACGGUGCCACUAGAGUUGCAGGACCAAAUCUUCAAAUGGUGCGACAUGCCCGAUCUUGCUGUACUAUGUCAACUUAAUAAGGACUGGUAUGAGAGGAUUGUACCGCUACUCUGGAGAGAAAUUGAUUUCGUCUGGGAGAUUGAUGAUUACGAUGGGGUGGAACGUUCACGCCAAUUCUUCGCAUUUUGCGAUACUUUGAUGGAUGAGAAGCCGGAACGAUGGGCUGUUUUGGCUGCCUAUGUUCGUAAGCUAAAUCUAGGGAGGCUGUACGGAAUCAAUAUCGUUCAUGACGGGGACAGGGCUAGCUACGAUGAGUUUAAGUUUUUCGACGACAGCUAUGCUGCUGGUAGAAGAAACGUAUUCGACGUGAUUGCACAGUUUACGAAUUUGGAUUCGCUAUCGGUGUAUAUCAAAAGUUGGUGGGGCUAUACGAGCCUUGAAACCAGUGGGAAAGCAUUAGCCCGUGGAAUAACGAACUUAAAGUCUCUAAAGAUCGGAGGACAAAUGUCGACAGAUAUCCUACUUGGGCUCUUGGCCAAGCCUGAGAAUAUUGAACACCUUUCCCUCAUAAAUUUGAUUCAAUCUCCAGGUCAGGAUGAUGGACCAGACGGCAUUGUCUUCCUUUCUGGUAUCCAUGAUCGGUUCACCAGCCUAGAAAACUUGCACUUGUGUAAACUUGCAGAUUUGGACGGGCGUCUAACAGAUGACGAGAGCGAUGAGGAUGAGGAUGAAGGGCCGACAUACGCCUCGGGCAUGAGAUGGAGGUUCCCCCGUGAAGCGGAGGUUUCCGUGCUUGAGGAAUGGGCUGCCUUGCUCCUCCAUUCCUCGAGCACAAUAACACAAUUGACUCUGGAGAACCGCUACCUUUGCGGCUCCAGCUAUACCGAUUGGGACCGGCAGAUCAAUCCAGGCACGACCCAUCCGGCAGAGUACGGGGCGUAUUCUAUCAGAGAAAGUCAGAGGCUUCUCUUUCCCGUGCUUUCAAGGGAGUGGCCGAAGUUGACGACGAUGACCUUGGUUGGAAUGGGUAAUACUGAGGAUGUAGCCCAAGCUGUUCGCCAUCUUGAACCUCGAGUUCAAAUCGAGCAGCGGUUAGCAAGUCUUGAGAAAAUAGAAGGAGAUGCUACGCCGGAUGAGAUAUCAACCCCUGAUGACUUUUACGACUAG